GUUUUGGGCUUUUCUCUAAUGCAGCACGCUGCUGACGCCGGGGGGCGUCGUCUUCCCAUCGAGGGGGCAUGUGCUCGGCCUCGCCGGGACGAGAGUUCCAGGGAUCUGCACUGCACAUCGCGGCUAUUGCAUCGCCAUCACCACACUGUUGGUGCGCGCCUCCGCCUGUCGAGCUCUGGGGACUGACUGCUAGCCAAACAAGAUUCACUGGCGCAGAGGCUGGCCACGUCGCCAACCUCCCUCGGCCCAUUUCCCAUAGGGCUGAAGCCAAGGCAGAGGGGGCCAACGCCUGGCUUAUCCGGCAAUGCUCGUG